ACAGCUCGUUUUUGUUUUCAUUCUGUUGCCAUUCGCGUAAUCACGUCAUCGAUUUUUCGUGGUUCAAUCGAAUAGCAAAAGGCAAAAUUCUCGUUUUAAGUUUCUGAUUUUCCGUGUUUUGUGUAGUGUAUAGAAAGGAGCAAAAACACGAAACGACGAAAAUGACGCUCUGGGACAUUCACGAUGAUAUGAAUUUCUACAUCACAGCCGACAAAUUCUACAUCGAACCAAACGGAAAGAACGAAGUGCUUAUUAUCGAUCGAAUCAGCAGAGACUGUUCCCUCCAAGUGAAAACAAACCAGCUUCCCCACGGAAUUCAGAUUCGUAAAGUAUGUGGCAUCCUCGGGGUGAUCAAGCUGAUAAGUGGAUUCCACCUGAUUGUGGUGACCCAUCGGAUAUUUGUUGGGAUUAUCAAUUCGCAAGUGAUUUGGAGGCUGGCAGGCUUCGAUAUCAUUCCAUUUGUUCCCUCGUUGACGCAUUUGAGUGAAACGCAAAAGGUUCAAAAUGGGGUUUAUUUGGGCAUGAUCAGGCAGGUGCUGGACACACCGUAUUACUAUUUUUCCUAUACGUACGACAUCACACACACGCUGCAGAGGCUACACUCGAUGCCGCCAGAUUUUAUGCAAACCGGACUGUACGAGCGAGCGGAUUCCAGGUUCGUGUGGAACGGGUUUCUGUUGAAACAUUUCCACAGGCCGGAGCUGAGGCAGUACUGUCUUCCGAUCAUACUGGGCUUUGUAUCGGUGAAUGAUGUUGUGGUCAACGGACACAAUUUCCAGUGGACUCUGAUUUCACGGCGAUCGGUGUAUCGGGCGGGUACGCGUCUAUUCUGCCGGGGCAUAGAUCAAACCGGGAACGUGGCAAACUACGUCGAAACGGAGCAAAUCAUCGAUGUUCGGGGUGAUAAAAUAUCCUUUGUGCAAACGCGUGGAAGCAUUCCUCUGUUUUGGAGGCAGACUCCAAAUCUCAAGUACAAACCGCCCCCAGAGUUGGUGCCCGGCCGGGAUCACUUGAUCGCCUGCUCAAAGCAUUUGGACACCCAACUGAUUCACUAUGGGCGCCAGGUUUUAGUCAAUCUGAUCGAUCAUCGCGGGGCGGAGGAUGUUCUCGAGAAGGCUUUCGCUACAACGAUUUCCACGUUAGGCAAUCAGAAUGUGCGGUACGAGUCGUAUGACUUUCACGCGGAGUGUCGGAAGAUGCGAUACGACCGACUGCAUAAUCUGAUCGCCCGGUUGGCGCACGAACAGGAUGAGUUCAGUGUGUUCCAUUUGAGGCGCGACGGAACGCUGCUAUCGUCCCAGGAUGGCGUCUUCAGGACCAACUGCAUCGAUUGUCUCGACCGGACGAAUGUCGUGCAGAGUAUGCUAGCAAAGCGGAGCUUGGAGCAGUCUUUGAUUAAGCUUGGUGUGCUGACUAGUGGCCAGAAGAUUGAUCCACAUUCGACGUUCGAGUGGCUUUUCAAGGGGGUUUGGGCAGACAACGCGGACAUGGUAUCGACGCAGUACUCGGGAACUGGCGCCCUGAAAACGGACUUCACGCGCACCGGGAAGCGAACCAAGAUGGGCCUGCUCCGGGAUGGGAUGAACUCCCUGACGCGGUAUUAUAAGAACAAUUUCAAUGAUGGAUUCCGACAGGAUGCUUUGGAUCUCUUCCUGGGCAGUUAUGUUGUCCAGGAUGGAGAGGGUCUCACCGUGUCGUGCCCGCUGGUCAUCCAGAAGGGCUGGAAAUAUGGAACAUUCCCAGUGGUCCUGCUAUUCGCGUUUGCCAUGUUCUUCACUUCGGCCGUUUAUCCACAGGAAUACAACACGGAGAACUCGCUGUUCAUCCUGUUCUGGGGUUCUAUGGUGGGGUUAACCGGUGUUGGAAUCCUCAAAUACGGCGUAGAAUUCGUCGACUGGCCUAAGCUGCUACCAACGCGGACGAAAAUGGAACCUUGACGAUAUUGCUGAAAACAACAGUUUUAGCACUUACCCAUUGGUAUCUUCGUUGGUUUUCUAAUGUUUUAUAGGUCACAAGGUUCGAAAGUGCAUAAAAAAUGUCCCUCCCUUUUCGGUGGUUAGUCGGUUUUAUGUUGUAAAUAUUUUGGAUAUUUACAGUUCCAUGUAGGUAACAUUCACAAUCAGAAUUGUAAACGAUAAUUAAAUAAAACACAACAAGAAUAAA